GGUGGGUGCGAAGGGCUAAAGGGUACUGAUUUUCUAUAAUUUAUGAAUAAAUAGGGUCACAUAGGAUCAUUCAAAAGAUCCCUGCAUGAAAGCGUUUGCUCAUUGGUGAUUUCCCUUUGUGUUUCCCUUCACACUUUACUCGUCUCGCUCUCCCCCUCUCCCCCCACUUUGAGUGUCUCUGCGUUGCUUGAAAUUCUACCGACAUGGCUCCAACUUAACAGGCUUUCCCUGCUGUUGCCUCGAAUUUCAUGCUGUUUCCUCCUUCUUUACUUCUUUCACUCCCAUACAGGAAAUAAUUCAGACAAACAAGAUUACCUUAUAAAUCAUCGUUUAGAUCAUUUUAGAGGGUUCACAUGGCCAUGCAAACUGUUUAUUUCAAAGAACAUGAAGGAAUUGUCCACAAUUCCAUUGGACAAUUGUCAUCUGUAACUUCAGCCCCCUGGUGGACUGCCCAUGGAUCUCAAACAGUUCAGCAGGAGUCUUUUGGCCAAAUGAAACAUUUCUCACUGGACUUUCCCAACUAUGUCGACCAACUCACGGGCCCAAAGCAGCCGGGAAGAGCAUCUCAUCAUGUGUUGGAUAAAGGACACACAACACAGUUCACUAUCUUCCCAGAAGAUUGCGAGAUGUCAGACGAUACACCAAAGCAUCAGGCAUUUAUGUCAAUUCAUGGAUCAUCUCCUGAACCUCGUGGUCAUUUUGAAAUAAAAUUUAAUCAGCCUAUGAUCUGUUCAAAAUAUGCUUAUAUGGAUAGACUUUAUGGGCUCAUCUCAACUUAUGGACCUCAAAUUCCGGGCCGUUUGAUGCUGCCACUUAACUUGACAUCCGAUGAUGGGCCAAUUUAUGUAAAUGCUAAGCAGUAUCAUGGAAUCAUCCGGCGUCGGCAGUCACGCGCAAAGGCUUUACUCGAGAAUAAAUUAACAAAACGGCGCAGGCCCUACAUGCAUGAAUCACGUCACCUCCAUGCAAUGAGGCGACCAAGAGGAUGCGGUGGUCGCUUCUUGAACACAAGAAAUCUGAAAAAUGGGAAUGGUGAAAGCGCAGUGAACAAAACUGUGGAGGGUCUAUUCCAGUCUAGUGGCUCUCAGAGUUCUGAAGUUCUGCAAUCAGAGGGUGGAACUCUGAAUUCAUCAAAGGAAACCAACGGUAGCAGUUCACAUGUUUCAGGGUUGGAGGUGACUAGCAUGUAUGCACGUGGAACUUUUGAUGGCUUUGGUCUCAAUCAUGUGGGAUCCCCUGUGCACUCUCUUGCAGACAUGAUAGAUAGUGGACGUGGCAUUGCCAUGCCCGCAAAAUGGGUUUCAGCAGCGGGUAACUGCUGCAAACUCUAAGCCGGAAGGCCAGGGAAACAAGCGCCAUGACCAGAUGAAGAUGUUCUAUUCCUGUCAUUUGCAUCAGCCUUUGUUGUGGAGACUGGCUCUACCAUCUGGUUUGAAGGCAAACCAUCCUUGGCUAACUAGGCAAACCAUCCUUGGCUAAUUAAGGUAAACCAUCCUUGGCUAAUUAGGUGAGCCAUCUUUGGCUCAUUAUAUCUACCGUACUACUGGCUCGGUCUUUCUGAGCGGACCUGUCUUGGCAUGGUUAGGAAUGUCAAUGACUUAAUGUCCUGUUCCAGUUGACCGUAAUGUGUAAUAAGAGCGUGAUAAUCUGGUUGACUCUGUGCUUUUUAAUUAUGUCUUGUCGUGUUUUAUUCUCGAACUUGUGAGAUUAGAUGAAUGUAUCAUAAUAAGGCUCUCGCUUUUGCUGGUGUGUUUUGAUUAAA